CCUGUGUAUACGCAAAGAUGGAGUCGAAAAUUUAUAAUGGCGACAAAUCUGUGAAAAUCUUGUAAAUAAUCAUAAAAAUUGCAUUGUCCCCAAAAAUGCAAAUGCAAUUACGAAAAACUCGAGCAGCAGAAGCGUGGCAAUUAUUUAAAUAAAUUAAGCAAAACAUAAACACAAAAAAGCACAAAGUGUGUGCAAAAUAACGAACAAAACAAACCGAAGCAAAAGAACGUGAGAAGAGGAGCGGACCGGGAAAAAGAUAAUAAAUUGCCUGGAGAGGAGUGCUGAGCACGCAGGACUGCAAAGUGGCGUCGCUACUGGAGAUUAGGGCUGGGGCAGCAGCGGCGUCCAUGUCCAAGGGGCGGCACAACAAUAACCACUAUUGCACCACUACCAGGAGAGCGCAGCAGCAGCAGCCGGUGUGGUGUCGCCAAUUGUGGCCUUAAGCAUGUAGUCUUGAAGCAACAACCCGUUCUCUUACCAAGCACAAGACACGAGGAAGAAGAAGUAAAUCAAAACAGCAGAAACACACAAAACAAACUCGACACCAAUGAAAAAUGUCACAAAGAGGUAAGCGCGGUAAUCAACAUCAUCAUCAGUCGCAUCAUCCGCCGCCGCAGCAGCAACAGCGGAAGGAUGUUGAGCCGCAGCCGCCCCCCACUAAGCGGCGUAAAGGCAGACCGCCCAAUGGGGCGACAACAGCAGCGGCAGCAAUAGCAGCGACAGCGGGAGCGGGAGCGGGAUCAACAACAGGAGGAGAUCGAGUUCCAAUUAUACCGUCAAGUAAAAGCAAAAACGAUGUGGAACAGGAGCUUGAUAUUGGUGAAAGAGGAAAUGAAAGUGGACUACUUGGAGCCGCCAGCAGCAGCAGCAGCAUUAGCAAAUCCAAGUCAACGAAGCAGGCCAAAUCGUCUAGUAAAUGCAAGUCGCAGGGGGCGAGUACGAGCAGCUCAUGGCAGGCUCGCUCCGUGGCAGACAUUAAAAUGUCGAGCAUUUACAAUCGCAGCUCAACGGAGGCCCCAGCUGAACUUUACCGCAAGGAUCUCAUUAGCGCAAUGAAAUUGCCAGACUCGGAGCCAUUGGCCAAUUAUGAGUAUUUAGUUGUUGCGGAUCAAUGGAAGCAGGAAUGGGAGAAGGGCGUACAAGUACCUGUUAACCCGGACUCCCUUCCCGAGCCAUGCGUUUACGUUCUGCCUGAGCCAAUUGUGUCGCCAGCCCACGACUUUAAGCUUCCGAAAAAUCGCUAUCUGCGCAUUACCAAAGACGAGCACUAUUCGCCGGAGCUGCAUUGCCUGACGAAUGUCGUUGCCUUGGCAGAGAACACCUGUGCCUACGACAUAGAUCCCAUUGAUGAGGCCUGGCUGCGUCUCUACAAUGGCGAUCGUGCCCAAUGCGGUGCUUUCCCCAUUAACGAGACACAGUUCGAGCGCGUCAUUGAGGAGCUGGAGGUUCGUUGCUGGGAGCAGAUUCAAGUCAUUCUUAAGCAAGAGGAAGGCUUGGGCAUUGAGUUCGAUGAGAACGUCAUCUGCGAUGUUUGUCGGUCCCCUGACUCCGAGGAGGCCAACGAAAUGGUAUUCUGUGAUAAUUGCAAUAUCUGUGUGCAUCAGGCUUGUUACGGCAUUACAGCAAUCCCAUCAGGUCAAUGGCUAUGUCGCACCUGUUCCAUGGGCAUAACUCCUGACUGCGUACUCUGUCCGAACAAGGGUGGUGCCAUGAAGUCCAACAAAUCGGGCAAGCACUGGGCCCAUGUUUCUUGCGCCCUGUGGAUACCCGAAGUGAGCAUUGGAUGUGUGGAUCGCAUGGAGCCGAUAACAAAAAUCUCAAGCAUUCCUCAAUCGCGUUGGUCUUUGGUCUGCGUGCUCUGCCGAAAGCGCGUGGGCAGCUGCAUCCAAUGCUCGGUGAAGCCCUGCAAGACAGCAUACCAUGUGACCUGCGCAUUCCAGCACGGCUUGGAGAUGCGGGCCAUCAUCGAAGAGGGCAAUGCCGAAGAUGGCGUGAAAUUGCGAUCCUAUUGCCAGAAGCACAGCAUGAGCAAAGGCAAGAAGGAGAACGCUGGCGGUGCAAGUGGGGGAGGCAGUGCCUCGGUCACGAAUUCCAUGCACAAAGCGAACAAGUACACAGGCGGCACAGGCGGAGUAGGCGACGAGGGCAGCAGUGCUUGUGGUAAGACAGGAGAGGAUCAACGCAGGCGUAAGAAUCAUCGAAAGAACGACAUGACCUCCGAGGAGCGUAACCAGGCAAGGGCUCAGCGUCUACAGGAAGUGGAGGCGGAGUUCGACAAGCAUGUGAACAUUAAUGACAUCAGUUGUCAUUUAUUCGAUGUGGACGACGAUGCCAUUGUGGCCAUAUACAACUAUUGGAAGCUGAAGCGAAAGUCGCGCCACAAUCGGGAGCUGAUACCGCCCAAGUCUGAGGACGUGGAAAUGAUAGCCCGCAAGCAGGAGCAGCAGGACUUGGAGAACCAUAAGCUGGUGGUUCACUUGCGGCAAGAUCUAGAACGAGUUCGCAAUCUCUGCUAUAUGGUUAGCCGGAGGGAAAAACUGUCGCGCUCCCUAUUCAAGCUACGCGAGCAGGUCUUCUAUAAGCAGCUGGGAGUGCUCGACGAAAUGCGCCUGGACAAGCAGCAGCAGAAGCAGGAAGAAAAGCAGCGUCCCGCGUUAGACAUGGACGCUGUAAUAUACGCCAACGAUGGGCCUACGUUGUACGAUCGCUUCUACAGCUCGGCUGGAGGACAAACUGUGCCGGCACAGUACCAGGAUCUGAAGUAUAUCCUCGAGCAGCUCAUGGGCAAGCUACAGAGUGGAAAACAGAGGCGUGGACGUGCCUCCCAGUCCCCCAACAAGCGUAAGCAGGUGGCUAAGGCUUCCCCUACUAAGAAGAUCAACAAUGGCUCCAUUACCUCCCGCACAUCUUCUCCAGAGAAGCCGGCAGCGAUGGGCAAGGUGGCAUCCAUGUCCUCCACCGCUGCAAAGGUGCGGGGGGCGCCGCCUGGGAAACCUCCUGCAGGGAGGCGUGCCUCGAAGAGCGGCGCGGCGACGGGGACGUCGACCCACAACAAAACCCAAUCACAACCGCAUUCCCAUAUCCGGAGCAGUGCGUCCUCCCAUACGUCAAGCGGCAGUUCAUCAUCUGGUGAUUCCAGCUCGCCGAAUGGCACCAGUAGUUCCGACAGUUCCUCUGCAAGCGAUUCAGGCAGUGAACGCGGAAGCUCAAGCGCGGCCAGCGGAAUCUCCAGGCGAAAGUCCUCCUCCACAGGAAGUCCCCUCAAAAAGCAAAGCUACGCUCGCUCCGUGGAGCAGCGACAGAAACAGCGCCAGCGUCGCCAAAGUGAGGCGGCUGCGGGUGUGCCUGCGGCGUCUCCGAGCUCAAGAUCUGCCACCAGCUCUAGCGAAGAUGAGGACGAGCAGCAGAGGCGGAGGCAAGAAUCUGAGCGUGAGAACCGCGGACGGGGAUCAAUUUACAACAAAACAGUACCUAACAGAACCCAACCAACUAAGUCAAAGCAAUGCAGUCAAGCAGAUGGUGGAGCCGCAGUCGGAAUGGGAGCGAGACGAAAAUUGUCUACAACAACACGAGGAUUGGCUCAAAUGCACAAGGAUGCCGAGGAGAGCUUGUCGAGCGAUGGGAGUGAAGAACUGCUGCCUCUGAAAGGCGAACGGCAACGUGAGGUCAUUUCAUCGUCGGGACUGGCGCUGUCUGGCCCGACGACCGGUGGAACGAAGAUGGGGCAACACAUUUACUCUGACUCAGAGAGCAGUUCCUCCCCCAACGAGAAGGAGCUGGAAGAAGUAACCACUCUCGAGAGCAACGUAAGUGACUCUCAGAACCAGCAGACUAUACGUACAAAGGCAGCUAUGAAGGAGUUUGUGCCAGGGACAGCUGCAACAUCGACCCAAUCAGCCACAACUGCCACAGCCGCUGCCAGCAAAUCCACAAAAGAGGCAAAAGAAGGAGGCACCAGCUCCAAAGCGAAUUCCAACGCCAAGUUGCCAUAUCCAGCGGAUCUCCUGGUAGUCCCACAGCGUCAGGCGGCCAAGAAGGCUUCCGAAAACAUGCGCUCCACGAAUCUCGCAGCAACACUGCAGCCAGAUGCCGCGGAUAGAGUGCGGGAGCCAGAAACCAACUCGGCUGCUCCUAUAGGCAAGAACAAGCCCAAGGAUUCCGUCUCGAAGCAAGCGAUGGAUGCGGAGAGAUUCGGAGGGGGAGACAAGGCUCGAACCAAAGAGCAGGCCAAGCCUACAGCGAAGUCGGUUGGAGAAGGGAUUGUGGAGCGUGGCAAGCGGGGCAGACCGCCCAAAGUGCCAAGAGAUCCCACUGCCUCCUAUAACACCAGCAUUGAAAAAGGGAAACCACCUCCGCCUGCCGAAGCAAAGUCUAUUGAUCUUGUUUCAAAUCCUACCACAGCCAAGACCAGUUUCGCUGUCUCCUAUGUGCCACAGAGACAAGCAGCUAAGAAGGCGGCGGAGCAGCUGAAAAGCAGCAAGCCCCUGCAGGAAACUGCCUUCUCAAAUGCGAACGAGUCUGCAGAGAAGGAACUAUCGUCGACGACAACGGGGACGGCUUCGACAGGAACAACAACAACUUCGGCAAAACCCACGAGAAGAACUUCACUGAAGGAAGCACCUAACCCUCCAAAGGAAAGCUUAGGUAACCGGAAAAAGUCGAAGGAGGAGGCAGUGGUGACGGCAACAAAAACGACAACACCAAUAAAGCGUCGGAUUGCGGCACCCAAUUUGUCCAGCUCCAGCUCUGGGGAUAGCGAAAGCUCCAGUUCGUCCAGCAGCUCAGGGAGCAGCUCGAGCAGUGGCAGCGGUAGUGAUUCAGAAAGCGAAUCGGAGGCCAGCGAUGCAGAUAAAGCAAGGCAAACAAACAAGGAGCCAGCUCCAAGCGCUGUAUCAUCGUGCAGUACCGUUUCCUCCAAUGUGCCAAAGCGUUCACCACGUAAAUCUAUGGACAAGCCCGCAGCAUCAGGAGCAGCCGUGGCCACCGCGCCGCCCCCGCCACCACCGCCUCUACCUGUUAGGACUCGUCAGAACUCCACCAACAAAUCGCCAAAGAGAGCACCCCAAAAAUCAGUAGCCACGAUUGCAAUUCAGGACGAUGCCCAAAAUGCCCCCAAAUUGCACCCCUAUCGCCGCCAAUUCUCUCCAGACGACGGAACGAAGCAAGUCCAAUCGGAGCAAUUCACCAAAAGAGCAACGCGUGGCUCCAAGUCACGCCCUCCCUCGCCAUUGGUAAAAUCCUCUCCAGAAAAACAAACCCCCCGACGAAAAUCUCGAGCUGACGAGUCACCCAAAAAGUUACCAAACUGGGAGCAUGAAAUAAAUCAGAGAAAGGCGGCCAGCGGAAAAGCUACCAGCGCGUUGGACAAGAUGUUGGAUAAAAAACAGCAGCAAAUCAACAAUUCCACGUCGGCAUCACCUCCCAGAAAAUCACCCAUUCCUACACCUCCUACACCGCCGCCAGCUCCUUCGCCGCCGCCCGUUAAGCCCCAACAUGAUCCUGAGCCAGUUGUCGAACCCGAGAUGGGUAUAGAUCCCGAACCAGAGCCGGAACCGGAACCCACAACAGAGGCAGGUGAAUUGCCUAUGGAUAUUGAUGAGGAGCUGACCACCGCUCCAACGCAUACGCAGUUAUCGGCCAAUGCCAGCAAACUCGCAGACAUCAUUGAUGACGAGCGGCCGCCUGCCGCUCCACUUCCUGCCUCGCCCACACCCACUCCCACCUCUAACGACGAGUUGUCGGAUGCCGGAAGUGAUCUCAGCGCGCGAUGUCGCAGUCGCUGGCGCUCGAGGCGGAGGAGGAGGAGACGAAGCCACGAGCCAGACGAAGAGCACACCCAUCACACGCAGCACCUCUUAAACGAAAUGGAAAUGGCACGCGAGUUGGAGGAGGAAAGGAAGAACGAGCUGCUGGCGAAUGCUAGUAAGUAUUCCGCGUCAACAUCGUCUCCAGCAGUGACUGUCAUACCACCCGAUCCUCCGGAAAUCAUAGAAUUGGAUUCAAACUCGGCCAACUCGGGAGGAGAUCAGCAACAGCAGGCGCAUCCGCAUCCGCAACUGCAGGAGCAGCCGUUGCCACGACAGCUGAUGGUACACUCACCCGCAAGCGAGGUAGCCUCUUCCAUUCAGCAGCAGGAACCAUCGCACCAGACCUUAAUCGACCAGUUGCCGGUGGAGCAUAUGGCGGCCCCUGUGCUGACAAUCGGUACAACGGCCCCAUGUGUCCUAGAGCCGAUUGUAGACACCAUUCUAGAGAUGGAGGACAGCAAGUUUGCGAAUAACUUUGCGUCAAGCCUAGCCAGCGUGCUGAAUCCGCCGAAUCCCGGGCAGAUGAGCCUCCUCGGAUCGAGCCUAGAUAGAGGGGAGCAAAUCUCCGAAGAGGAUAGCAUCCAGGCCACCCGAAAUCUCCUGGAGAAAUUGCGGAAGACCAAGCGAAAGGCCCAGGAUGACUGCUGCUCGAAGGAAGUCGUUGACUUGUUGCCCCCCACGCCAGCCAUACCGUCGGUGUUUCCGUUCCACAAUGCUGCUGAUCCCGAGGAUAUUAUUCAUGCCCAGAAGGAGCAACAACAACAACAGCAACAACAACAGCAUCAGCAGCAACAACAACAGCAGCAGCAACAACAACAACAAAGUUGUCUAUACGGAAACUCUUCAGGACCGAACUCUGUGGCUUCACUAACGAUUAAGGACUCGCCGAUGACAGCCAACAGUGGAAGCUAUGCUAAUAGUUUGACCAACACUCCGAAUGCCACGCCCACGAAUACCACAAUGGGAAAUAAUCUGGGAGCAAGUAGUGGCUACCAGGUGAAUUUUGGAAACUCCCAGCAAGCGCCGUCCCUGAGCUGCUUUCUUGAGAAGUCACCCCACCAAAAGGGGGGAUGUCCACUUUCCAAAAAUGGAGGAGGAGGUGCAGGAGUACCGGGAGCCACUCCAGACUUUGUAGACCUCGCUGCGGCGGCUGUGAAGAAUAGUAUCGGAAGGUACCACGGUGGAGCAGCGGUUCCGGGCCCUCAGUCAGGGGCAGGGGGCAACAGCAACAGCAACAAACUUAGUGACUACGACGAGAACACGCGCAUGCAGUCGCCAUUCGGCCGGAUGCAGCGCUGGAACGAAAACGAUCUCAUAGCAGCGCGGCGCAGUAGCUCCCCAAGCUCAGUCUCCGAGUCAAACGAUCAGCCCCCAGCAACAGUGGCUGCCCGCAACAUAUCCCAGCUGGAGGGCUGCAAGACCUUCUUCAACAACUACGCCAGUGGUAAUGGUGGAGGCGGGAGUACAGUCAAUCCCACUACUCCCUACAGUCAUGCUCCUCUGGUCAAUGGAAUUGACGGCAUGUCCAUGUUUAGCAACGCUGUGGCACCCCAGCAACAAACAACGCCGACCCAGCAGCAACAACAGCAGAGGACGCCGAAUAGUCAGUACAACGGAGGAAUCUAUCCCCAACUGUCGGCGAUGAUGCACACCCAAACGCCAACAGAAGCGACUCCGAGUCUGUACGGCAAUGGUGGAGUCGGUGUGGUGUCUGGUGUGAGCGUGAGUGUAGGUGUGGGAGCUGUACCGACAACACUACCGCUGCCACCGCCACCACAAGCACCCCAGUAUUCCGGGGCGCCGUACACCACGCCCAGCCUGGGAAUGCUGCCAGUUCAGCAGCAGUCUGUCGUUCCGCCCGUUCAAGUCACGACUACCUCAAACCAUCAGUUUGCUCUGGCCUCGCCGGUAGACGGAAAGAUUCCCACCUACCCUGCCCAUCCAGCUCAGCUGCUUAGCAGUUGCGUGGAAGCAGCGGUAGUGUCGAUGAUGCCUCCAACGACACCAGGUACCGCCGUCGCAAGCAAAGAUUCGCCGAACAAGAGGGGCAGCGUCAAUAGCGGGAGCGCAGCGAAGAAGCAGCCAAACAAAUCACCUCAAAUGCCUCAGGGGAAAUCUCCAGGAAAGUCUCCCAGGCCAGCCCUGCACCCGCCGACGCCUCCUACGCCCACUCCAGCUGCGACUGUACCACCAUCGAAGUAUGACCCGCUGACACACACGAUCCAGGGCAAGCCCCGACAACGCGCCCCAAGGGGAAGUGGCGGUUCUGCGGCUCCAGGUAGAGGCAGGGGACGUGGAAGAGGACGGGGUCGUGGAGCAGGGACUGCCAGUGGAAUGGCCAUAUCCCUCCCGCCGCCCAUGUCGGAUUACGGAAGCAACACGCAUAUAGUCAACAACCUGGUGGGAACGCCCUUCGAGUUUAAUAACUACGACGACGACAUGGCGGGACCAGGAGUGGAGAAUCUGCAGUCGUUGAGGGAUCGGCGCAGAAGCUUCGAGCUGCGAACGCCGCGAGGUCAGGCCAAGCCCACACCCACGACCACUGCAGCGACAACAACAAACCCGUUGCUGCAUCCUGUGCUGCCGGGACCUGUGGAUAUGAGGACCUACAAUCUCGGAUUCGAGGCUCCGCAUAGCACGGCUUCCCAAGAGGCCUACCAGAACAACCUCCUGGGUGCCUUUGACUCCGGAACCGCAGAUCAAACUCUUAGCGAGUUUGACGAGGAAGAUGAACGCCAAUUCCAGUCCGCUCUUCGUGCGACAGGUACUGGAACCUCGCCCAGCAAGCAGCCGGCUGUGACAGCAGCGCCAGUUUCCCCUGCUCCUGCUAAUACCCCUGCUGUAAACUCUCAACCCGCCGCAAAUCUGCACCUUCACUCGACAGAGGCCAAUCAAAUGGCACUGAGUGUCGCUUCCACAGUGGGCGCAACCCACUUGAUGGAGGGAUCGCUGGUUGAGGCUUCCCUAGAGGCAACCUCGGAGGAGGUUUCAAUAGACUCGGACACAACAAUACUGAACAGCAAAACGUCCAGCGAUGCCCGUAGCCAGUUGAAGCUGAAGAUCAAGAGCCCUCUGGCAUACUCUGGGGAGCACUACAGUACAAUGACAAACAGCCUAAGCAGCAGCCUGAGUCUCUCCAGCAGUACUCUGGUGCAGUCUUCGAGUGCUGUGCAAACCACGGUGUCCACCUCCACUGUGGUCAGUGCUUCCUCCGUGGGCAGCGGCAACUCUCGACGAAUGCGCAAGAAGGAGCUGCUCAGCUUGUAUGUAGUGCAGAAGGAUAACCUCAACGACGACAGCUCCUGCGGACUUCCAGCGGCGUCCGACAGCCUUCCCCUGGAUAACCUUCUACGCAAGUCUGAGGAGGAGGAGGAUGUGGCCACCGGCAAUGGAAAUGGAAAUGGGUCUAAGAGGUUCAAAAAGAACUCUAGCAGCAGGGAACUGCGCGCUCUCGACGCCAAUUCAGUGCUACAGGAAGACCAACUGCUCGCAGGCGUUUCGGGCGGCGGAGCAGGAACGGUAUCUGGCGAUGGAAGACGUCGCAGCGCUUGCAGCUCCGGUAGCAAUAACGUCAACAACGGAAAGACCGGUGCGGCCAGCAGUGCGGGUAAGCGUCGAGGACGGAGCAAGACUCUCGAGAGCAGCGAAGACGAUCAUCAGACCCCCAAGUUGAAGAUUAAAAUCCGUGGAUUGUCGGGAAGCGAGGCAGUCGGUUCUGUAGGGAUUUCCAGUGCGGGCGAUAGCAAGAGCUACAGCUAUGAGAUGACUCGCAGAGCUUGUCCUCCCAAGAAGCGCUUGACAAGCAACUACAGCACUCCAACGCUGGAGGAGAUCAAGAGGGAUUCCAUGAACUAUCGUAAAAAAGUCAUGCAGGAUUUUGACAAAGGCGAUGAGCACAAUAAGCGGGAUAACUCUGUCAUAACUUUGGAUGGAGAAUCUCUGAUGCCUCAGCCUCCCAGCAAGCGACCAAAGUCGUCAAAGCCGAAAAAGGACAAAAAGGAGAAGAAACGCCAAAAGCAGAAGCAGCUCAGUUUGAACAGUAGCUCAACAGCAACCACAAUGACUACCACGUUAAUUGAGAACACGGUCAGUGCCUCACCAGGCGAUAAGCCAAAGCUGAUCCUGCGAAUUAACAAGCGCAAAACUGAGACUUCGAUGAAAAUCACUUGCUUGGAGCAGCCGUCGGUGAACGAGGCACCCCUGCGCCUGAAAAUAGCCAGAAACUCCUCGGGAGGAGGGUAUAUAAUCGGCGCUAAAGCUGAAAAGAAGGAAGAUCCGCCACCGGAUGCGCCUAAUGUGUCCCCACAUCAGAUUCCGCUGAUGCUUCCCCUCGGGGAGACAUCGCCCCAAGGGCUGCUAAUCAACAGCUUCACACCGCACUCCCAGAAUGCGAAUGCCUCUCCAGCGCUGAUAGGCAAAGACACCGGAACGCCAUCGCCGCCCUGUUUGGUAAUAGACUCCAGCAAAAGUGCUGAUGUGCAUGACUCCACUUCGCUGCCGGAGAGCGGCGUGGCUGCCAUAGGUGUCCCUGCUUCGCUGGUAGGUGCCACUACCCCGCUGUGCGUGAACGUGGGUAACUAUGAGAAUAGCAACAACUCGUUGCCAUCGGCCAGCGGCACUGGGUCUGCGUCCAGUAAUUCCUGCAAUAGUCAUUCGAACAACAAUAACAACAACAGCAGUGGAGGAGGCUCAGCCAGCGGAGGUGGCAGUUUGCUUCCAUUAAAAAAAGACUGUGAGGUUAGAUGAUAAUCAUAAAAAAGCGAGAGAAUCGCUUAUGUGUGUUUUUUUAUCACUUCAUUCAUUUCAUUUUCCCCUUGUGUGUGAUCCUUGUCCCUUUUGGUUUAAAUGAGCAUUACCCUUCCAUCCUCUUCCAUGUCCCUCGCGAACUUUCAAGUGUACAGCUAGUUUGUAAGCCCCCUUCUUCACCCAACUUCUUUGUCUGUAACAUGUUUGUUGUAAUCGCAUGAGCGUAACAAGAUAUUAUCA